AUGGUUAGAGAGUGCAACUCCCCAGAUGCAGAGGAAGAGCCAGGACCAGGACCAGGACCAAGACCAGGGUCAGGACCAACACCAGGGUCCGACCAGGACCAGGGUCAGGACCAGGGUCAGGGUCAGGACCAGGACCAGGGUCAGGACCAACACCAGGGUCACGACCAGGACCAGGGUCAGGACCGGGGUCAGGGUCAGGACCAGGACCAGGGUCAGGACCAACACCAGGGUCAGGACCAACACCAGGGUCACGACCAGGACCAGGGUCAGGACCAAGUCGAGGGCGAGGGCCAGGGUCAGGACCAGGGUAAGGGCCAGGGUCAGGGUCAGGACCAGGACCAGGGUCAGGACCAGAGUCAGGACCAGGACCAGGGUCAGGGCCAGGGCCAAGGCGAGGGCCAGGGUCAGAACCAGGGUAAGGGCCAGGGUCAGGGUCAGGACCAGGACCAGGGUCAGGACCAGAGUCAGGACCAGGACCAGGGUCAGGGCCAGGGCCAAGGCGAGGGCCAGGGUCAGAACCAGGGUAAGGGCCAGGGUCAGGGUCAGGACCAGGGUCAGGGCCAGGGCCAAGGCGAGGACCAGGGUCAGAACCAGGGUAAGGGCCAGGGUCAGGGUCAGGACCAGGGUCAGGGCCAGGGCCAAGGCGAGGGCCAGGGUCAGAACCAGGGUAAGGGCCAGGGUCAGGGUCAGGACCAGAGUCAGGACCAGGACCAGACAUCCACCAUCAACUAAAGUAGACAGGUCUGAUAAGACUAAUAGCAGCAGAGGCUCAGAGAGGAGAGUUACAGGAGACAGUACCUUCAAUCCCCAUCGCCAGUAUGUGUUUGUUGUGCUGUGUGUGUGUGUGCCGCCGUGAUCCACCUCUGACUGUUUUACUGGGUGAGAGAUUUAGCAGCUAGGCAACAGAGAGCAUCAAUCCGUGUCACUGAAGUUCAGCACCAUAGAGCGAUUGAAAUUGAAAGGUAACUUCCGAUUGAGUCGACACAUGCAUUUAGCGCUGACACAGGGAACUUGGCUUUUAUGUUUCUAUCCCGCUGUCGUGCAGAUCUUCAGCACACCAGAUUGAAUGGAGCCCUAAAACACAGGGCUCAGAACCCUCUCAUUACAGCACUGUGCUGAACAAGCCCCAAGGAAUGUCAGCCAUUUGAUUUGCCUACACAUUUUACAGGCCAUGUCUGAACAAACACAUGCUAAUGAUCACACUCUGACAGUGUAGCAGUGUGCCUUAGAGUAAUUUACAGUGUGUGUGAAUACCAAUACAAAAUCAUUAAAGUAUGAUUCUUUGUGUAUAUAUGUGUGUGUGUGUGUGUGUCUCUGUGUAAUAGCUCUCCAGACACCUGCUCUGCUGUGGUACAGUCAGACAGUGGGAGGGAGCCUGCAGUGUUUACAGGAGCUCACAGAGGUACAUACAACACAGCUGCUCCUAUUCCUUCCUCCAUCUCUCCCCCUCUCUCUAGCUCCUCCCUUCCACCUCUCACUUCUCUUCUCUAGCGCUAACGGACGAGCUGACUCAGACACCCAGGGGGCCUUUAUCACUCUCCGACCUGUUUAAGGUCAGUGUAAUUUCCUAAUGGAUGCUUGGCAGAUGGAAUUAGAGACAACAUCCCUGCUGAUAGAACCAGAGAGCCUAGAAGCCCACAGUACAAUGGCAACCUGCCAGAGCUCAAGGAAUCCAGCCGAGUUGACCUACACCUCUACACUAAUAGUGAACACACACAGAGACCCACAGAAAUAAAACACACAGAGAUUGUGGGAGUGUGGUUGUUUUUUUGUGGGUUUUCAUUUGUUAUAAAUUCUACACAGUUCAAUAAGAAGACACAAGAACACAGUACAGAGCUCACAACAGAACAGCGUACCACCAAAUAUACAGUAUACCAGGAAGAGAAAAAAACCUCACAUUGUUCCAUAUGUAUAACAAGACAAGAAUCCUAAUUCAAACCUUUCUCUCUUCUCUUAGAACCAGUGGACAAACCAUAACACAUCACAAGUCACAACUCAGUAGUUCUGAAGUAUAAGAAUCACCCUUUUUUUAAAGAAAAGAAAACACUUUUUUUUAUAUCAGUUGAUAUUUUUUUUUGUUACAAAUAAAACCAAGCAUUCCAAAGUUGAAGGUAUGCACCUGUUGGUCUCCCCCUAACCUCACAGGAGUCAGAACAGUCAUUAAGUUAUGGAAAUAUAGAUUUCUUAAAUCAUUAGACAUAUAAACACCAUUGGAAAAACCAAAUGAUUCCCAGAAAAAGCAGUAGUGGUUAUAGUGACCUGUUCACAAGGCAAUUUUUUCCAGUGUAUACCAAUGAUAGAGGACACUGCAACCAGCUAUCAUAUAUCUUUGUGCUGCCAAUAUGGGUGAUAACAAAAAGCGUGUGAGGCAGGGAGAGACAGACACCAUAUGUGUACCAAAACACUGGAACACCCCACUAGGACACUCAAUAACUCUUCAA